CCCGCCGAGGGGCUGCCAGGGACUGACCUACAGACCCACGGACAGACAGACAGACGGAAAGACUGUGCUGAUGGCCGCCCAGGGAGAGCCCAGCGUGGGACCAGGAGUCUGGAACCAGACGGAGCCUGAGCCCGCUGCUGACCGCCUACUGAGCCUUUGCUUCCUGAAAACGGCAGGGGCCUGGGUGCCCCCCAUGUACCUCUGGGCCCUUGGCCCCAUCUACCUCCUCUAUAUCCACCGCCAUGGCAAGGGCUACCUCCGCAUGUCCUCCCUGUUCAAGACCAAAAUGGUGCUUGGGUUCACCCUCAUCAUCUUGUACACCUCCAGCGUGUCUGUCACUCUUUGGAGAAUCCAGCAGGGGAUGCCCCAGGCCCCCGAAUUCCUCAUUCACCCCACCGUUUGGCUCACCACGAUGAUCUUGGCAGUGUUCCUGAUCCACAUGGAGAGGAAGAAGGGGGUCCAGGCAUCUGGGGUGCUGUUUGGGUACUGGUUGCUCUGCUGUCUCUUGCCAGCCAUCAGCACUGCCCAGCAGGCCUCACAAGGGGACUUCCAGAGUGACCCCUUCCGCCACCUGUCCACCUACCUGUGCUUGUCUCUGAUGGUGGCACAGUUUCUGCUGUCCUGCCUGGCCGAUCGACCCCCCUUCUUCCCUAAAGAGCCUCAGCAAUCUAAUCCCUGUCCGGAGGCUGGGGCCUCCUUCCCCUCCAAGGCCAUGUUCUGGUGGGUUUCUGGGCUGGUCUGGAGGGGCUACAGGAGGCCACUGAGACCAAAAGACCUCUGGUCCGUUCGGAGAGAGAACUCCUCAGAAGAACUUGUUUCCCAGCUGGAAAGGGAAUGGACAAGGAGCCGCAGAGCAGCCCAGCGGCAAACUGCAGCAGCCGUGUUUAAGAGGAAAGGGAGCCUCCGCCGUGAUGGGGAGCCCACAGAGGCCGAGGCCUUCCUGCAGCCAAGAGGGAGUGUGAGGGGCCCGCUGCUGAGGGCCAUCUGGCAGGUCUUCCGCUCCACCUUCCUCCUGGGGACCCUCAGCCUUGUCAUCAGUGACGUCUUCAGGUUCACUGUCCCCAAGCUCCUCAGCCUUUUCCUGGAGUUCAUUGGCGAUGCCACAGCCCCGGCCUGGAAGGGCUAUCUGAUCGCGGUGCUGAUGUUCCUGGCCGCCUGCCUGCAAACACUGUUCGAGCAGCAGCACAUGUACAGACUCAAGGUGCUGCAGAUAAGGCUGCGAACAGCCGUCACUGGCCUGGUGUACAGAAAGGACCUUUGUGACCUCAUCACAUCGCAUCAUAUGCCUCUUCGUCUCUUGCCCACCUGCUCCAGCCCAAACACAGUCCUGGCUCUGUCCAGCGGCUCCAAAAAGACCAGCGCAGUUGGGGACGUGGUCAACCUGGUGUCUGUGGACGUGCAGCGGCUGACGGAGAGCGUCGUCUACGUCAAUGGGCUGUGGCUGCCGCUCGUUUGGAUCAUCGUCUGCUUUGUUUAUCUCUGGCAGCUUCUAGGACCCUCUGCCCUCACCGCCGUCACUGUCUUCCUAAGCCUCCUCCCUCUGAAUUUCUUCAUCACCAAGAAGAGGAACCACUAUCAGGAAGAGCAAAUGAGGCAGAAGGACUCCCGGGCACGGCUCACCAGCUGCCUCCUCCGAAACAUGAGGGCAGUCAAGUGCCACGGCUGGGAGGGGGCCUUUCUGGAGAGAGUCCUGCGCAUCCGGGGCCAGGAACUGGGCGCCCUGAGGACCUCUGGACUCCUCUUCUCUGUGUCUCUGGUGUCCUUCCAACUGUCCACGUUUCUGGUGGCACUGGUGGUGUUUACUGUCCAUACUCUGGUGACCGAGGAGAAUGCCAUGGACGCCGAGAAAGCCUUUGUGACCCUCACGGUUCUCAACAUCCUCAACAAGGCCCAGGCUUUCCUGCCCUUUUCCAUCCACUCCGUUGUCCAGUCCCGGGUGUCCUUCAACCGCCUGGCCGCCUUCCUCUGCCUGGAAGAAGUUAACCCUGAGGCUGUGGUUUGGAGUCCCUCCAGAGGCUCUGCCAGGGAGGAUUGCAUCAGUGUGCGAGAAGGUACCUUUGCUUGGUCCCGGGAGAGCCCGCCCUGCCUACACAGGAUAAACCUCAGCGUGCCACAGGGCUGCCUGCUGGCUGUGGUCGGUCCCGUGGGGGCAGGGAAGUCCUCUCUGCUCUCCGCACUCCUCGGGGAGCUGUCAAAGGUGGAGGGGACUGUGAACAUCAAGGGUCCCGUGGCCUACAUGCCCCAGGAGGCCUGGGUCCAGAACACAUCCGUGGUGGAGAACGUGUGCUUCAGGCAGGAGCUGGACCCAUCGUGGCUGGAGAGGGUCCUGGAGGCCUGCGCCCUGUGGCCAGACGUGGUCAGCUUUCCUGCAGGCAUCCACACCCAAAUUGGGGAGCAGGGCAUGAAUCUCUCUGGGGGCCAGAAGCAGCGGGUGAGCCUGGCCCGGGCCGUGUAUAGGAAGGCUGCUGUAUACCUGCUGGAUGACCCCCUGGCAUCCCUGGAUGCUCAUGUCGGCCAGCACAUCUUCAAUCAGGUCAUCGGGCCCAACGGGCUGCUCCAGGGAACGACACGGAUUCUCGUGACCCACGCACUCCAAGUCCUGCCCCAGGCUGAUUGGAUCGUGGUGCUGGAAGAGGGGGCCAUUGCAGAGAUGGGUUCCUACCAGGAGCUUCUGAACAGGAAGGGGGCCCUGGUGAACCUUCUGGAUCGAGCCAGACAGCCAGGAGGUAGAGGAGAAGGAGAUGAGGAGACUAAGGCCCAGAAUAAGGAACUGGCCCGAGACACAGAACUCGCGACCAGCAUUGAGGACCCCAGAGGCUCUGCUGGAGGCGGGAAGCCCAUGGGUGGACCAGAGAGUAACAGGUCCAUGAAGUGUAUCCCUGAGGACAGCACCACUUUGGAGGCCCAGACAAAGGUUCCCCUAGAUGACCCUGAGAAGGCAGGACUGCCUGCAGGAGGGGACAGCGUGCAGUAUGGCAAGGUGAAGGCCGCCCUGUACCUGAGCUACAUACGGGCCGUGGACACCCCACUCUGCCUCUACGCACUGUUCCUCUUCUUCUGCCAGCAAGUGGCCUCCUUCUGCCGCGGCUACUGGCUCAGCCUGUGGGUGGACGACCCCACCGUGGAUGGGCGGCAGACACAGGCGGCCCUGCGAGGCUGGGUCUUCGGGCUCCUGGGAUGCCUCCAAGCUAUAGGGCUGCUUGCCUCCACGACCACAGUGCUCCUAGGGGGCAUCCGGGCAUCCAGCCGGCUCUUCCGGAGGCUCCUGUGGGAUGUGGCGCGGUCUCCCAUUGGUUUCUUCGAGCGGACGCCCAUGGGGAACCUGCUGAACCGCUUCUCCAAGGAGACAGACACCAUAGACGUGGACAUCCCAGACAAACUCCGGUCCUUGCUGAUUUACACCUUCGGACUCCUGGAGGUCACCCUGGUGGUAACGGUGGCCACCCCGCUGGCUGCUGUGGCCAUCCUGCCAUUGCUGCUCCUCUACACUUGGUUUCAGAGCCUGUAUGUAGCCACUUCGUGCCAGCUCAGACGCAUGGAGUCAGCCAGGCACUCCUUCGUGUGUUCCCACGUGGCGGAGACAUUCCAGGGCGGCGCAGUGGUCAGGGCCUUCCGGGCCCAGGGCCCCUUCGUGGCUCAGAACAAUGCCUACAUGGAUGAAAGCCAGCGAGUCAGUUUCCUACGGCUGGUGGCUGACAGGUGGCUCGCUGCCAACCUGGAGCUCCUGGGGAACGGGCUGGUGUUUGCCGCUGCCACGUGUGCUGUGCUGAGCAAGGCCCAUCUCAGCGCUGGCCUCGUGGGCUUCUCCGUCUCCGCCGCCCUCCAGGUGACCCAGACGCUGCAGUGGGCUGUUCGCAGCUGGACAGACCUGGAGAGCAGCAUCGUGUCGGUGGAGCGGAUGCAGGACUACACUCGGACACCCAAGGAGGCGCCCUGGACACUGCCCACCUGUGAAACCCAGCCCCCCUGGCCUUGUGGGGGCCAAAUCGAGUUCCGGGACUUGGGGCUGAGACACCGGCCCGAGCUCCCGCUGGCCGUGCGGGAUGUGUCGUUCAAGAUCCACGCAGGAGAGAAGGUGGGCAUCGUUGGCAGGACGGGGGCCGGGAAGUCCACCCUGGCCGGGGGCCUGCUGCGGCUCCUGGAGGCAGCUGAGGGUGAGGUCUGGAUCGACGGGGUCCCCAUCAGCCAUGUGGGGCUGCACACGCUGCGGUCUAGGAUCACCAUCAUCCUCCAGGACCCCAUCCUGUUCCCCGGCUCUCUGAGGAGGAACCUUGACAUGCUACAGGAGCACACGGACGAAGCCAUCUGGCAGGCCCUGGAGACGGUGCAGCUCAGAGCCCUGGUGGCCAGCCUGCCCGGCCAGCUGCAGUACGAGUGUGCCGACCAAGGCGAUGACCUCAGCCUGGGCCAGAAGCAGCUGCUGUGUCUGGCACGUGCCCUUCUCCGGAAAACCCAGAUCCUCAUCCUGGACGAGGCCACGGCCGCCGUGGACCCGGGGACUGAGCUCCAGAUGCAGGCCGCCCUUGAGAGCUGGUUUGCCCACUGCACGGUGCUGCUCAUCGCCCACCGCCUGCGCUCCGUGAUGGACUGUGCCAGGGUGCUGGUCAUGGACAAAGGGCAGGUGGCAGAGAGCGGCAGCCCUGCUCAGCUGCUGGCCCGGAAGGGCCUGUUCUAUAGGCUGGCACAGGAGUCAGGCCUGGUCUGAACCAGACCCCUCAACCCUCCCGCCACACCAACCUGGAAAGACGUGCCAUGCCCUGGAGAUACCAGUGACCUGGGGGUCAUCAGCAGAGUCUAGACCCCUCUGCUCUCCGGGAUUGGGUGGCAAAUGGCAGGGAAAGUGGACGAUCAUCACAGACCCAGGAGGAUGCAGCAACCCCCGAGGUCGGCCUGAUCAGAGCCCGUCCAGCCUUGUCCAUCCUGGACCCAAAGGGGACAGUGGCUCUCAGCCCUGGCCGCCCAUUGGACCCAUGUGGGAACCUCAAGACCUGCCCACACCCAGGCUCCACCACAGGCCAAUGAAGUCAUUAACCCUGUGGCAGGGCAAUGGUGUGUGUACUUUCCCAAAUUAACCCUUUUAUUUUGAGAUGAGUGUAGAUUGACCAGCAGUUUUAAGAAAUAAUCCACAGAAUGCCUGUGCACCCUUUUCCAUUUCCCCCAAAAGUAACACCUUGAAAAACGCUAGCGUGGUAUCACAACCAGGAUACUGACAUUGGUACCAUACACAGAUCCUGCUCAGAUUUCCCUGUACUAGUAUGUGUGCGUGUGCAUGUGUGCGUGUGCGUGUGUGACUUCUACACAAUUGUUAUCACACAUAUAGGUGGCAUCCACCACCACGACGACCCCUGGGGCUGCCGUUCUGUGACCACACCCCUCCCUCCUGCCCCUGCGACCCCCAACAUGCUCUCCAUUCUGGCACAUGGUAUAUUUUUAAAGCUCCCCGUAUGAUCCCAACAUGCACCAGGACUUCUUCAGGAGAAGUCCUGAGGGGAAUCGCUCCGGACCCGGCAUAUGU